AUGGUAAAUUAUUUUAUCAUUUCGAUUUCAUUCUUUUUAUUAGAGCACUUUUAUUCAUUUUAUUUGAAUUUUAGACAAAGUAAAUUAUUAAAGAAUUUAACUAAAGUCCCAGAAUAUUGUAAAGAUAGAAUAACGCAAGAAGAUUUCAAAAAAUCACAAGAAUAUAGUAAAGCUAAAUUAGAUUAUAAAACUUUAACAUCAACAAUUCAAGUUUUAACAACACUCCUUUCAUUUUAUUAUCCAGUUUACCCAUAUUUUUGGAAUUUAUCACUUGAAUUAGCAGAGAAAAUUGGUUAUCCAAAUGAGAUUAUUAGAUCAUGUUUUUUCUUUGCAUUUACAGUUGGAGUAUCAGUAAUAACAGAAAUUCCAUUUUCAUAUUAUUAUCAAUUCAUUUUAGAAGAGAAAUUCGGAUAUAAUCGUAUGACUCGUACAUUAUUUAUAAAAGAUAAAAUAAUUUCAACACUUUUAAUGAUAGGUUUUGGUUUACCAAUUUUAUCAUUGGCAAUUUUUAUAAUAAAUUGGUCAGGUCCACAAUUAUGGUUUUAUUGUUGGUUAUUAUUAGUUGCAAUUACAUUAUUAUCAAUUACAAUUUAUCCAACAUUUAUUCAACCAUUAUUUAACAAAUUUACACCAGUCGAUGGAGAAUUAGCAGAAUCAAUCUUUGCAUUAGCUAAAAGAGUUGGUUUCCCAGCUUCAAAAGAUACAAUUUUUGUAGUUGAUAAUUCAAAGAGAGAUGGCCAUAUGAAUGCAUAUUUUUAUGGAUUAUUUGGAACAAAAAGAAUUGUAUUAUAUGAUACAUUGGUUAAUGAAUUAGAUAAAGAAGAAUUAUUAGCAGUAAUGGGUCAUGAAUUUGGACAUUAUAAAAUGUCACAUACAUUGAAACAAAUGUUAUUGGUUCAAGUUCAUUUAGUUACAUUAUUAUAUGCAUUCAGUUUAUUGAUUAAUGAUGAUCAAUUAUAUCAACAAUUUGGAUUCGUUUCAUCAAAGGAUUCUGUAUUGGUUGGUUUAACAUUGUUUAUGUUUUUAUAUUCACCAAUUGACCGUAUCUUUAGUUUGUUAAUCAAUAUUUUCUCUAGAAAAUAUGAAUUCCAAGCUGAUGAUUUCGCUGUUGAAUUGGGUUUCUUAAAUAGUAAUCAUUUAUUCAAAUUACACUUUAAAGAGUUGGGUUGUUUAGUUUAUGAUCCAUUAUAUAGUGCCUAUCAUCAUUCUCAUCCAACUUUAGUAGAAAGAUCAAAUAAUAUAGAUAAAAAAGUGGCAUUAUAUAAAUUAAAAAAUAAAUAA